CCCGCAUUGAAAUCGACUUCUUCCUUCAAUCGCUGUUUAUACAAACGCGCAGCACACAGGCACAAGCGUGCGGAGAGAUUAGGCUUAAAUGGACAAAUUAUAGUGUUGGCCUAGCCGCAUCGAUGCCAUCGAGCGGAGAUGAAGUAAUAGUAAAUGAACGGGGGAAGGAAGUAAAGACCUAAAGUUUAAGCAAACAACGACGGUCUCCCGAAACGUGUACACAUACCCACUGGCGUCGGUGACAGUGCCGCGGUACACAUUGAUAACGAGAGAGCCGGGUGAUUUGUUGUGCUAUUCUUGGGCAGCAUCUACUCAGUGUAUGAGUCCCUGAGAGAAAAAACCCUUCGUUUGGAGUACUGAAGGGGGGCGGUUCAUCAGUAAUGUAUGGAGUUCCUGUCUUACUGUCGUUAUUCUUGUCAGUAUUCACUUACCAAGCUGCAGGGGAAGGCGCGGCAGUGAAAACAUGCACCCUCUGUGUUGUUCCACACGACUCACGUCGGCAAUGACAAUGUCUGAAGUGGGGCGGAUGAUCCUAGUGUAUAUGAUACUCCAGUUAUUUCUUUGGCGACACUGUGUGGCGGCCAACGUGUGCUCUUUGCCCGUGGAAAAGCGGAGUGAUGUUAAGUGCUACGACGGAGACGACCCGUACAAGAUCAAGAUUGGAAUUAUUCUCCCCUGCGAUCACAACGUCCAAUGGCGCCUCCCCAGGGUGGGGCCGGCGGUGGAAUAUGCGACGGCAAAAAUUGAGGGAAAAGCUGACACGUUACGAGGAUACACGUUCGAGAUAUGCCGAAUGGACUCCCGGUUAUCGGACAGGGACGGACCCCUCGCCGCUGUUAACAUGCGGUUUUCGCGGUACGCUCAUGUAUUUUUGGGGCCUUGCUUUUCUUUCGCCGUGGCCCCCGUGGCACGCUACAGCCCCGUGUGGAACAUCCCCCUUUUAACCGCCGGAGCCAGAGCUGAGGCUUUCAAAUCCAAGAGCAAUGAAUACCAACUUCUAACGCGGAUGCUUGGUUCUCAUGCCCAAGUUGGGUACUUCUUUUUCUCUAUACUUCAGCAGUUUUCUUGGAAAAAAGUUGCUAUGGUGUAUCCACUAACAGAAAUACACAAGGAGUGUUACUUCAUUAUUGAGGGAAUAUAUGAACGGUUCCCGAGGAGCGAACGCGAACAUCGUCCAUUCCUCAAGCGCUUUGACGAGAAAAUUCAAAGCAAACGGGAGUUACUGGAGGAAUUAUCGCUGAACGCAAGGAUCGUGGUACUGUGCGCUUCUCCCGCCUCUGUCCGUGAGAUCAUGCUGAAGGCAGAAGAGCUGAAUUUCAUCAAUGGAGAAUAUGUCUUCUUCAACAUUGACUUGUUUAGCAGCAGACGGGCGCAGGUUGCUGCAGUCGUGGUACUGUGCGCUUCUCCCGCCUCUGUCCGUGAGAUCAUGCUGAAGGCAGAGGAGCUGAAUUUCAUCAAUGGAGAAUAUGUCUUCUUCAACAUUGACUUGUUUAGCAGCAAAAACCAAAGUGCCCGCCCCUGGUAUAAUGCCAGCGACACGGAUGCCGAAAAUCAGCGCGCCCGCAAGGCUUACGAGGCUCUCAUGACAAUCACCCUGAGAAAACCUGAGAGUGAAGCGUACAGAAACUUCUCAGAGGAAGUCAAAAGACGAGCAGAGGAUGAAUACAAGAAUUUUACUUACGGCGAAGAAGAGGUGAACAGCUUUGUCGGUGCUUUCCAUGACGCUGUCAUUCUGUAUGCCCUUGCACUAAACCAGACGCUUGAGGACGGUUUCAACGUGACGGACGGUGCAGAGAUCACCAAGAGAAUGUGGAACAGAACAUUUGAAGGAAUUACUGGCACUGUAAGCAUAGAUGAAAACGGAGACAGAAACGCAGACUACUCCCUGCUUGACUUGAAUCCGGAAACUCAAGAGUUUGAAGUGGUUGCCAAUUACUAUGGUAACCGUAAACAGUACGAUGAGGUGCCUGGAAAGAAGAUUCACUGGGCAGGCGGGAGAACAGGACCCCCGCCUGAUGUACCAAAAUGCGGUUUCGAUAAAUCCAAAUGUCCAAACAAAGAACUCCCAGAAUAUGCCAUAGUCAUCAUGGUCUUCAGCUCUCUACUCAUCAUUGUGUCACUAGGGGCCUUCUUCAUAUAUAGACAUUUCAAAUUGGAGGCAGAGCUCGCAGAAAUGAGCUGGCGAAUCCGUUGGGAGGACAUCAUGUUUGCCCAUCACGGUGGACCCAAGAGAGUUGGCAGCAGGAUUAGUUUAACAAGGAGAUACUCCAGCGCCAGUCAAUACUCCGUAGAUUCCAUUGCAGUCCAGUUGAGCAACGUGGGCAACAAGCAAAUGUUUACCACGACAGGAUACUAUAAGGCCGCAGUGGUAGCAAUUAAGAAGAUCAACAAGCCAAGUAUACAACUGUCAAAGCCAGUUCUUCUAGAGAUUAAAAGGAUGCGCGAUCUCCAGAAUGACCACCUGGUGCGUUUUAUAGGGGCGUGCAUUGACAUUCCAAAUAUGUGCAUUUUGUCAGAAUACUGCCCCAAGGGAAGUCUCCAGGAUGUCCUUGAGAACGAACAGAUAAAGCUGGAUUGGAUGUUCCGCUAUUCAUUAAUGCAAGAUAUAAUACGGGGAAUGGCAUAUUUGCACUCCACUGAAAUCCGUUCCCAUGGCAACCUGAAGAGUUCCAACGCCGUGGUGGACAGUCGUUUCGUUUUGAAAAUAACCGAUUUCGGGCUCCAUUCACUGCGUGGCACGCCUUACGAAUCCGACGAAGAUACGUAUGCAUUCUACAGACGAAAGCUUUGGUCAGCCCCGGAGCUACUGCGCAUGCACAACAGGCCUCCCGAGGGCACACAGAAGGGCGACGUCUACUCUUUUGCCGUGGUUUGCCAGGAGAUCGUCUAUCGCAACGGGCCUUUCUACCUGGAACACAUGGAGAUGAGUCCCCAGGAUAUCUACAUGAAGGUUAAAAAUGGCCAGAAGCCGUUCUUCCGCCCGACACUAGGAGACGAGAUGUGCCCGAAUGACGAGCUGGCGCAGCUCAUCCGCCGCUGCUGGGCCGAGGACCCAAUCGAACGCCCAGAUUUCCAUAGCCUUAAAACUGCCAUCAGGAAACUUAACAGAGAGGGUGAUAGCGGUAACAUUUUAGACAACCUACUGUCCAGAAUGGAACAAUAUGCCAACAAUUUGGAGGCUCUGGUGGAAGAACGAACAGCUGAUUAUUUAGAACAAAAGAGAAAAGCCGAAGACUUGCUCUAUUUAAUGUUACCUAAAUCAGUGGCCAUGCAACUCAUAAGGGGAGACCCCGUAGCGGCAGAGUGGUUCGAUGAGACUACGAUUUAUUUUAGUGAUAUUUGCGGCUUCACGUCGCUGUCCUCUGAAAGCACGCCAAUGGAGGUUGUCGACCUCCUGAAUGACCUUUACACAACAUUCGAUACUAUCAUAGAAAAGUACGACGUGUACAAAGUAGAAACAAUUGGCGACGCCUACAUGGUGGUGUCCGGUCUGCCCGUUAAGAACGGUAAUCUCCACGCCCGGGAAAUCGCCCGUAUGUCCCUCUCCUUGCUAGAGGCCGUGCUGUCCUUCAAGAUUCGACAUCGGCCAGACAUGCAACUGAAACUGAGGAUAGGCAUCCACUCAGGACCAGUAUGCGCAGGCGUGGUUGGCCUGAAGAUGCCUCGCUAUUGCUUGUUUGGGGAUACAGUAAAUACAGCUUCUAGAAUGGAAUCAAAUGGAUUACCUCUACGCAUUCACGUCAGUCCCAAAACGAAGGAAAUACUGGAUAGCUUCGGUUCCUUCUACCUGGACCUCAGAGGGCCUGUGGAAAUGAAGGGGAAAGGUUCGGUGAUAACUCACUGGCUGCGCGGAGAAAAGGGUCAGGAAGAUCUCAUGGAGACGCUGAGAGAAAGGAUUGCUCAAAUCGACUCCAAUCACGAGAAAAAGACGUAGCCAGUAAUCCCGAAAUGGAGUCAAGAGAUUUGAAAAAGUUUGAGAUGCUGGCUCCCAACUAGAAGUUGUUUUCCUUGGAGGGGGAAUUCCGGCCGACUGACAUAAAAUUGUAGGAUAUGGAGGAGUGUCAAGACGUGUUUAUCUUCCUUGUUAGGUACGGGAACUGUGCCCGUUACCUGGUGAUACUUUUUUCGAAUAUCCAGUGACAUUCUAUGAACAAACAUUGCUCACCGCGCCCCACGCUAAAUGGCUUCUUUCAAAGGGAGACGUGGACGAAAGGUUGGGUGAAAAGCGGGGUUUGAAUCGAGAGAGCACCGUAUAUUGGAGAUGACAUUUCAGAAAUGUUUACUUUUAUUAUUUCUGGCAUUACGUUUCGAUGUUAAUCCGAAUGCCAGUGUAUGCCACAAGACAGACCCUGAAUAAGACGAGGAUAAAAAAAUUGAUGGCUGAAAAAGAAACGGGCUUUAGAGAUAGUAAAGUUAUAUUCAGAAAGUGGUUUUAUCGACCACUUACAAUGUCGUUGUAACUCUGGGGACAUGCGCACGACGUUGAUCGUUGAUGUGUGGGGUUCAUGACGUAUUAGAAUUAGCACUUAAAUAACAUUUCUCCAUGGAUUUAGGGGGCAUCAUUUCGGUUGAUGUAUUCGGCAAAGUGCAAUUUUUGAACAGAAACGUGUUGUCGUUGUUGUUGUUCUUUGUCUCUGAGGGACAAGGCAAUUUAUAUUUAGGUACACUAGUGCACGAGUAUAGUGUAACAACGACGUGUUUAAAUGGCGGUAUAGUAUAUUUAAUGUUUACGAUUUAACUUUAUUACUAUUUGUUUUUCAAAGGUCAGUUUGUGUUGUUUUUUAUUCUCUAUAGAUAAAGUACCUUUUCUUAUUUCUUCAGUCUGUUAACCGUUCAACGGUUCUUGUACAAGUCAAUUGCCCGCCAAACAUUGAAUUAGAAAAACAAGGCGUUGUCUGUUUUUCUAUUUUCAUAUGGGUUACAACACAUAUGACAACUUUUCCACCCUAACAUGUCUCAUAAAAGUGUUUAAUUUUAAGCAUUAACUAUUUCAAAGAAGCAUAGGGCAAUUACCCCAACGGCCAAGACCAAUUAUAUAAAUAUAGUGCAUAGUUUAUUUGGGAACAAUGAGUCCAGCUCAAUUAAUCUUAAAUGUAUUAGUUGUAUAACAGCAUGAUCAUUGUGAAUCGGUUUGUCGUGUCAUUCAUUUCAUCCAUUGCACUUCUGUGGCAGGUAAUUAAUCGAUUUGAAAACGUUGUCUUUAGGAUCAUUGCGCUUUAAAUGUAGUUUGCGUCACGUGAUCUGAUGAUGACGUCAUUUCGUCACGUGGACAGGGAUAUUAUGCUGUCGUCUUUAACACUCUCAUUUGUUGUCGACAGCAAAGCUGCUAUCUUUUUUUCGUCAAUAAAAGUAUGUGU